AUGGUCUGGGGACAGCGCUGGAUUAUUGUUCUGCUUCCAAUCCUUUCCCUAAUUUCUGCAACUGUUUCAAAAAUCCUUGAUAUACAUCAUGACUACUUCAAUAAAACUGACUCAGUAUUCAUGGUGGUCUACGUAUCCUUUGUCCUGUAUUACUUUGAUGCCAUAGCUGCUAUCAUGAAGGGAGUUGCACCCACACUCAUUGUUGGCAGAGCAGCAGCAGGACACACACAUCCACAUGAAGAACAUGACGAAAGUUCAACAGUGUCUACCAUUCAUUUCCAGACAUCUUCACAAUCUUCUCAGCUUUCGCAACCUUCCAUGGCAAUCUUUCAGGACUCCAACACCAUGCAGAGUGCAGUCUUUGAAGUGGAUAUUGAAGCUCAAAGGAAGCAGUCAGAUGAGCUUAUGGUAGUUGUUGAAAGGAUAGAAUAG